AUGUUUAAUGUUGACGAUUUAGCCUACAUAAAUGCGUACCGUAAAUCUGUGACAUCGAAUGGGACUUCGGAGACACGUGAACCUAUUGUAUUUGGAAAAGAUAUUAAGGAAGUGGCUCCUUUUACGUUGAUUGCGUUAUCCGAUGAACAGAAAUUCGCUGUAGAAAGGGCCAAGAAGUAUGCUUUGGAGCAAAGUAUCCAAAAUGCUGUGCGCAAACAAAUGUCUCAAUUGCAGUCUCAGGAUAUCAAUAAUAUCAAACAAACGCAAGCUCUUGUCCUUCUUAGUCGUAUUUAUGUGGGGUCUAUAAGUUUUGAAAUUGGUGAAGAAGAAAUUCGUAAAGCCUUUUCACCAUAUGGGCCCAUUAAGUCUAUUUCACUAAGUUGGGAUAGUGCUUUGCAAAAACAUAAAGGUUUCGCUUUUGUUGAAUUCGAAGUUCCUGAGGCGGCGUCUCUUGUCCUUGAGCAAAUGAAUGGAUUUAUGAUAGCUGGACGAGGAAUUAAGGUUGGUCGACCUAGUAAUGCGCCUCAAACAGCUACAUUGGAAGCGGAGCUGCGCCAAGAUCCGUCGAAUAAAUGUAGAAUAUACGUUGCUGGAGUUCACCCUAAGCUGUCUGAGGCGGAUAUCCAAACCGUGUUUGAAGCUUUUGGGACAGUAAAAUCUUGCAUUCUGGAGCCGGAUGUGAAAUUUGGUCAGCCAGAGAUAAAUCAUAAGGGAUAUGGGUGGAUCGAGUUCGAAACAGAGGAGGCAGCAAUUGCCGCUGUGACUAAUAUGAAUGGGUUUGAAAUAGCGCAUACACUACUACGAGUUGGUCGUGCCAUUACACCGAAGAGUGUCACAUCUUCGUCCUCGAGUUUGCCUCCAUCUGCUGCAGUUGCGGCCGCGGCUGCAUCUAUUACUGCACGCGUCUCAGCUCUUGAGAAUGAGAAUGCCUCUAGCUCCUCUCAUCCUUCAGCACCGGUGGUGGGAACAUCGGUGUCCGCACCAUCAGGCCCCUCUGGGUUCUCCUCGGGUUGGGGCUCUGGAGAGCACGUGCCGCCUCCAGGUGUCUUCGUGCCCUCUGUGGCCCCUGCUGCGGCUCCUCUUUCAGUGGCGUUCCCACCACCCUCAGCUGUACCUGCGCCUGAAUCCCAGUCAGCCACGGCUGGCGCCCGUUGGGAUGAGGAUGAUGUUGCCAUAACAAUGCGCCCGCAAGAUGCCGGCAGUAAAGGAAUUCAGGACGCCUACUCUCCUUCUGCUCGUCACCAUAAAGUGGUGCUGCUGGAGAACAUGGUGUCGGCGGCGGAGGAAGUGGACGCCUACCUAGAGGAGGAGGUGGCAGAGGAGUGCAGAAAUUUUGGUGAGGUUCUGCGCGUCUUCGUACACGUGAUGACUGAUAGCUUAGCGGUGCGCAUCUUCGUGAACUUUGAUAGUCACGACGCCGCUGUUAAUGCUGUGCAGGCGCUUAAUGGGCGCUUCUUCGAUGGCCACCAAAUCGUGGCUCGUCUUUAUCCCGACGAGGAGUUCCAAAUGCGUAAACUCGAUCUUUAG